AUGCAUCUCCCAAGUGGAUUGCAUUUAAUAAUCUCGUCGCUACUAUUCUCGACGUCCAUAGCCGCUGCUGCCAUCCCGGAUGCAUCCUCAUCGCUGGUAGCCGCUCGAGACUCAACUAAGCUACAUACAUAUUCAUCUUCAUCACCGUCGGGCAUCGAGCUCGACCCAUCGACAUUCUCAGAGACCAUCAAAGAGGGGUUAUGGUUCAUCGAACACUUUUCACCAUAUUGCGGACAUUGUAAACACUUCAAACCGACAUGGCAACAACUAGUACUUGAUACGAGGGCUAAGGGCGAAGAUGGACUUGGGGGAGGCGAAGUGCCAGAGGUUGGAAUGGGAGUUGUUGAUUGCACUCUCCACGGUGACCUGUGCGACGCGAAUAAAGUCACAGGAUACCCUACGCUACUUAUGUUCCACGACGGGAAGAUCGUAGACCAAUUUAAAAAAGCCAGAGAGCUGGAGGACCUUAAAGCGUUCAUGAAGAGACACGUCAAAGCAGCUGCACCUCCCCCUCCCCCUCCCCCUCCACCUGUAGCUCCCGUUCAACCCCCUGCUGCGGAAGCUGUAAAACAGCCCCCUGCUGUGACUCUCAACCCAAACAUCAACCCCAACGGCGAAGUUCUCUCUCUUACUCCUUCCUCAUUCACGUCGAUCAUGGCCACCGGCCCAACGUUUGUAAAAUUCUUCGCACCGUGGUGCGGGCACUGCAAGAAACUUGCGCCAACAUGGAAGCAGCUCGCGAGGCAUAUGAAGGGCAGGGUGAACAUCGUUGAAGUCAAUUGCGACGACCAUACUUCUUUGUGCAAGCAAGAAGGUGUGCAGGGCUACCCAACUCUGAUGUGGUAUGCAAACCGGGGUGCCAAAGGCUACGAAUAUAACAGUGGAAGGAAAAUAGACCAGUUGAAGGCAUUUACAGAUAAGGCCAGUUCUGCGGGAGUUCAAGUUCUUGCUGAAUCUGCAGACUUGGACAAACAUAUUGCUGAAGAAGAAGUGCUCUACUUGCUGUUACAUUCUCCCACUGACACCGAAAUUCUUCGCGUGAUUCGUGGGGCAUCAUCUGUUCUCCUGGGCUCUCCUCAAAUCUUUGCCUCUUCCGAUCCAGCUCUGCACACUCGCUACUCCAUUCCAGCUGGCUCCCCGUGGGCGCUCGUUGCACUCAAGGAUCACGACGCCAAAACACCCUCAUCAAUCCACUACGGAUCGUCCCCAUCUUCUCUCUAUACUUCUUCAUCGUCGGACGAAUCUAAAAAGCUUAACCGCUGGCUUCUCACCCACCGCUUACCCACUACAACUGAACUCACUCGGGAUACCUUCCAGAGUGUAAUGAAUGCACCCCAAUCACCACUUGUAGUACUCUGCUUCUCGCCAGAGAGGACACAAGACGCGGUGAUGCGCCGACUGAAGGAUAUCGGGGCCAAGUGGAGGCAUAGAACAGAGGGAAGCGGCAUCGUGCACGGAAAGGAAGUUGUGUUUGCCUGGAUGGACGAGGAUAAGUGGACGGAUUGGAUGAAAAGUAUGUACGGGCUCGCCAAGCGCCCUGAGAUUGAGGGACAGGGAGAUCUGGAUACUGUGAGGGUUGUUAUUGCCGAUCAUAGUAAAUUGGUUUAUUAUAACACUGAUCAUGCUGGUAACGCUAUACGCUUCACGUCAUCUUCGAGCAUGUUUGCUGCCGUUGAUGAUGCUGCCAGUGGUAAGUCGAAGGCUCACAACUCCGAGGGAACUAUCGAGCGUAUGGCCAGAUAUCUCAACAACAAAAUGCAAUCUCUCGAAUCAUUUGUCAUUGAAAAACCAUUCCACUCCUUGUUUAUUCUUAUCGCAUUCUUUGCUCUCGCAUUCGUGGUGAUUACAAGAUUGGUUAAUUCGGAUGUCAGCAGCGCCCAGAACGAGUGGAAAGAGUUGAAGGGUCGAAGUGGGAGGUUGGAUUGA